AUGUCGGCUUGGGAUCAAACUGUGGUAAUUGGACGCAAGGCUCGUCCUUCGGGCUCUGGCACCAGCGCUCCACGCGGCCCUACGGCUCUGGAGCGGGCCAAGCAGGUGGGUGCUGUGACAGCCAACGAUCGUAAGAUUGCUGCAGGUCAUAACAAGGGCCAUCAGGGCACGGAUCACCAGCGCAUUGCUAAGCUGGACCGUGAGGAUGAUGUGGCUCCGCCCAGCAAAGUGCCUCCCACGGUCGGAAAGGCAAUUGGCCAGACGCGCCAGGCCAAAGGUAUGACUCAGAAGGACCUUGCGGUGAAGAUCAACGAGAAGCCUUCGGUGAUUCAGGACUACGAGAGUGGCAAAGCCAUUCCCAACCCGCAGAUUCUGGGCAAGAUGGAGCGCAUCCUCGGCGUGAAGUUGCGUGGCAAGGACAUUGGUGCACCUCUUGGUGGCCCGAAGAAGUCAUGA